GCGUGGUGAGCCGGGGAAGGAGCCAGUUUCCUGCUUCCCCGCUCGCAACCGAGCGGCAACGGCGGGGGGAGGCGCUCAUCGCCCCCCCCUUGUCCAUCCAUUUACCCACCCACCCUCCUAUCCAUCCACCCACCCACCCACCGCCCUCCAUGGGCCGGCGCUGCCGGCGCUGAGCGCCGGGAGGCAGCGCCCGGGCUGCCGCGAUGAGCGGCGGGGAGGUGGUUUGUUCGGGCUGGCUCCGAAAGUCACCGCCGGAGAAGAAGUUACGGAGAUACGCAUGGAAGAAACGUUGGUUUGUCCUGCGCAGCGGCCGGAUGAGUGGGGACCCCGAUGUCCUGGAGUACUACAAAAAUGACCACUCCAAAAACCUUUGCGUGUCAUCAACCUCAACAUUCUGUGAGCAAGUGGAUGCAGGCCUGACCUUCAACAAGAAGGAGCUGCAAGACAGCUACAUCUUUGACAUCAAAACCAGCGAGACCUUCUACCUGGUGGCUGAGUCUGAGGACGACAUGAACAAAUGGGUUCGCAGCAUCUGCCAGAUCUGUGGCUUCAACCAGUCCGAGGAGAACACAGACACCCUGAGGAGCAUCACCUCCAUGAACCACGCACCAAGGUCCUUCCCAGCAGAGCUCAGCAGUGCCAGCCACCACCUCCUGCGAGAGCGCAAGUCCUCAGCACCAUCCCACUCCAGCCAGCCCACCCUCUUCACCUUUGACUCUCCUGCCAGCCACCUCCAGAGUACCCUGUCUGCCAGUGCCCCCCAGGACUACCUUUUUCUCCACCAGUGUAUGAGCAGAAAGUCAGAAAACACAAGGAGUGCCAGCUUUUCCCAAGCCACAAGAUCUGCCUUCUUCAUGCGGAGUGACACAGCGGUCCAGAAGCUCUCACAGGGCAACGGGCACUGUGUCAACGGGGUCAGCGGGCAGCUCCAUGGCUUUUACAGCCUGCCAAAACCUAUCAGGCACAACUCAGAAUUCAGGGACAGUGCCUACGACCUCCCACGUUCCUUUGGUUCCUACACCCACCCCAAGUCGAGCCUCACCAGCUCCGAAACAGAUAACGAGGAGGUCUACACCUACAAGACUCCCAACAACACCCUAUGCAAGGAGUUUGGGGAGCUCUCCACGGACUCCUAUGACAUCCCUGCCACCCCGCUCUCCAUCUACCAGAUCCCUAGGACAUUUACACUGGACAAGAACCACAAUGCUCUGACUGUGGCCACCAGCGACUCGCCUGCCGCACCACCCCCACGCCCUCCAAAACCUGGGCAGGCAGAACCCCGCUGGGGCAGCCCACCCCAGAGACCCCAGCCUGGUGAAAACUUAGGGCUGGCCCCUAUGGCAGCCACCAUUCCCCGGAGAAACACUCUGCCAGCAGUGGAGAACAGCAGGCUGCACCGAGCUUCUUCCUGUGAGACGUACGAAUACCCCCAGCACGGGGGGGGCAGUGCUGUGCAGUCAGCUGAGUCGAUGAACGAGGGGUACAGCUCCUACCUGCAGGCCAAGGCAGUGGUGGCCCGUUCCCACAGCACCGACUCCGAGGACAACUACGUCCCCAUGAACCCCGGCUCCUCCCCCCUGAUCCAUGCUGAGAAAGCCAACGACAACGCCCAAAAUCUCUACAUCCCCAUGAGCCCUGGGCCACAUCACUUUGACCUGGUGGGGUUGUCCUCAGCCACCCUGCCUGUCCACAAAGGAGGAGCCAUGGCACAGUGCCACAGGAGGCUGAGUGAAAUCCAACCCCCACCAGUCAACCGCAACCUCAAACCUGACCGGAAAGCAAAGCCAUCACCGCUGGACCUGAGGAACAACACUGUCAUUGAUGAGCUUCCCUUCAAAUCUCCAGUCACCAAAUCCUGGUCCAGGCCAACCCAGACCUUCAACCCCAGCUCCUUGCAAUACUGUCGUCCUGUCUCCUCCCAGAGCAUCACCAGCACUGACUCUGGAGACAGUGAGGAGAACUACGUGGCAAUGCAAAACCCCAUUUCUGCUUCUCCUGUUCCUAGUGGCACCAACAGCCCAGCACCUAAAAAAAGUUUGGGGAGUGUGGAUUAUCUGGCCCUGGACUUCCAGCCAAGCUCCCCAGGGCCACACAGAAAGCCCUCCACCUCGUCGGUCGCCUCGGAUGAGAAGGUUGAUUAUGUGCAAGUGGACAAGGAGAAGACCCAAGCCCUGCAGAGCACCAUGCAGGAGUGGACUGAUGUACGGCAGUCCUCAGAGCCAGCCAAGGCCACCAAGCAGUAGUGCCUGGCAGUGAAACAGGAAAAUGUCCCAGCAGUUGUCCCCAGCUGGGGUCCAGCGGGCUGCCAGCCCCACUUGGGUUGGAUUUCUAUGACUUGUCUGAGGAGUGGAGGGGGUCUUCAUCUUUUUUUUUUUUUUAAUUUUAAGAAAAAAAAAAAACACCAUUUUUCAGGGGAAGACUUGGCAGAUACUGUUUGCCAGUGAUAAAGACCAGCUAUGUUUGGUGGCUAGGACUGUGCUUUAUCUGCUGGAUGCACUAUCCAGGAACUUCAACUUAGCAAUACCAGUUUUCACCCUCCACAUCUUUUGCUUACAGCUAUUAAAGCUAUCUCAUAUGUGCUAACACUUCAUCAUCUUUCCCAACUUUUUCCAUACCAUAGCCCCAGACUGUGCCAUGCAGGUUUGCAAUGUGUCUCAUAGGACAUCGUCCCCAGCUCUGAUCCCCCACUCCUUACACUUGCCCACUUCUCUGCCUCCUCCCAAUCCCAAAGCUGAGCAAAAACCAUUCCUCGUGAAAUCAUUUUCAUUGUCCCAUUGUUUGUAAAUAAUAUGUUCAAAAUCUCUGAGGGCUAUUCUCCUCCUGGUGGGACAGCCACCAUGUGUUUUGUUGUGGUUGUUGAGCUUCAGGAGCCUGAAAAGCAUCUAGGAUGUCCCAUUAAGCUGACUCUGAAGCCCAGGACAUGCUCCAUACAUAUAUGCUGGCACAUGGUCACACACAGACACAUGCAUGUGUGAAAUAUUAAAGUCUGUUGAGGUAUCUUCUGCUAUUCGUGCUCCCCAGGAUGUCUCAAAGCCAAUGGGCUGAAAUGAUUGGCUUUGGAGGGCAGAAUUUAAGCCCUGACCCAUGGCCUAUCCAACACAUGGAUGACCAUUUGCCUGUGAAUCUGGCCCUAAGAACCAAAAUCUGCCCUUUGUGGCACCAAAAGAAGCCCAUGAAGUAAGAGUCCUGCAUCCAUGGCCAUCAUGGGAAGCCCUGUGGUUGAGUAUGAAGAGCACAGGGAGGUUUUGGAGAUCCUGUGUAUCUGGACUGGCAUGAGGAUGAGUGACAAGUAGGGAGUGGGAGGCUGUGAUGAGGACUGGGAGAAGGCAGAUGCUGGACUGCAGAAGUUGGUUUUGGGUGAGGAGGUUGAGAGGGGUGAAUCUUGGGGGAAAAGAGAAGAGUAAUUGAAAUGUUGGUCAAUGGUGAGGUCUUAGACUUGGGAAGGGGCUGGUCAGGAGAGUCAGGGUGAGGUGUUUCAGUGUUACUUUUAAUGGAGCAUUAUGGUUGGUUUGUGGUGGGUGCAAAAAGGCUGGACUAGAUAAUUUUUUCCCCAUCUUCUUCAAUGUUUCUUCAGCCCAGAAUGGGGCUUAUUGAUUUUUAUGACCCAAGGCUCUAAUUCUGAAUGGGAAUCUGCUAUUGCCCUUUGCCAGCAUCCUUCACACAUCCAGGUUUGGGGAUCUCUCCCCAGGCAGCUGCUGGGUGCAAAGAGCUGAGAAGAAAGAGACAGUUUAUUGCAGAGAUAAUAAUUCAUGAUCUCAUGAAAACAGGAAGGACUAAAUGAUUGCCACGGAGCAGGCUGAUUGCCAGGCACCAAGUGCUGACACAAAUAAACAGGCCAACUGCACUCCAAGAGCCAAAUGAAGGAGACAUUAGAAAGAUUAGGUAAUAAUGUUUGUAGAAUAGCUGGAGCUACUCUUUCUGCAAGCUGAGGCCCUCCUAACAGGCUCUUAUGUUCCACCACCACCACCAAGCUGUAUGGAUGACUGAUGCUUAAGCAUUAGCAUGUUUUUUUUAUUAUUUUGGUCUGAGUUUGGGAAGGGCCAGAGGUGACCCACAUGAGGGUAGGAUACCAGUUCCUUAAGGGAUGCCUGCUGGUAAAAUGGGUUUUGAACUUCCAGCACCAGUUUAUAUUUUCUUCUCCUGUGCCACAAAAGGGAAGGAUAUUAAUGGAAAAGCUCUGAUGACCCUUUCCAAGACAUUGAAGUGUUGGCCUUUCACAGGAAUGCUUAAAUUGAGUUUUCUUCUCCAUCUGGGAGGUGAGGAGCUCAACAAGUCCCAAAAGUAUCCUCAAGGUGGGUAGGUGAGGUGGGGGGCAGCAGCAGGAGCCAUUUCUGAUGGUGCAGUGGCUUGAGAGCCAACAUGAUGAGUUGGGAUGCAUUUGCUGAGCAAGCACCCUGUGCUUCUGCCCUGGGACAAGGUGCAUCCAGUGUCCACUCCCAUACUUAAUCCAAAGCAUUAAUUAAGACUGGAAUAGUGAUACUGGAGACAUUAGUUGGUUUUCCCAACAUCCAACAGAGGUCUGUAUGUGUCCCCAGGGCAGGCACUGUCCUGGCAUAGCUUUUGUCCCUGGCUCAUCCCCCCUGUUUUGAUCAUUUUGUUUUCAUGGACUUCAUCAGUAACUUUGCAUUUGUCAGGCCAAGGACCAAAACAGCCCCAGAGUUGCUCUUUUGCAGCUGCUAAUUUCUGGUCUCUGCUUUUCAGUGAGGCCUAUGUUUUUCCAGAAACAGAGACAUUCUUCCAUUUUUUCCCCAGUUAAGCAUCAACCCAAUGACCUUUCCAAACUAGGUAGUGGCCCAUGUACUCCGUGCAUUGCUGUGUAGAGAUGAUUGUAGCAACUCCUCCUGAAAACAGUUAAGUAAUCAAUGGCUGCAGUGGAAAGAGUCAUUCCUGGUGGUUGCCAAGCUGAUUACAGCAGUCCCUGAUGAUUAAUGUUUGUGCAGUAUUUAGUCUUAAAACAUAUUGAAAAGCAGCUGGUUUAAUUACACAGGCUGCCAAGAACUUUGUCCUGGAGGCACUGAGUUUAUCACAUCCACUCUAUACUUGGAUGAACAAGUAUGACUGAGUCUUUUGUUAGAAAUAGGUAUUUUAGGAAGCUGAGGGCAUUGCAAAUGAUUAAUUUUAAUUGAAAUUAAAGUGGCUUGAGACUUCAUGUCAGAAGGUUUUCUAGCUCCAUGGUCCCAUUUAAGAAAAGGGAUGAUGCUUGCAUAUACAUGUGUGUGCUCAUGGAGAAGGGUUGCCUGUGGGACAAGCAUCAUGACCUCAACCUUUGGUUUUGUGAUGUACCAGGGUCAUGGCUCAGAAGUCUCCCUGAGCUUUAAAAUGAUUCAGAUGGUGGUUUUAAAGGGAGAAGUGUCCCAAAGUGUGCAUGCCUUGCUCUGAGCGUGCAACUGCUGCUCACGGUUCCUCCAUGUGGUGAGAUGCAUGGGCUGCCUUGGAGAUGAUUUGCUCUGAAAUGACAUUUGAAUGUGUGAUGGGAAAUACAUUUCCAGCUCUAAAAGGAUGCCAGGCUUAGGCAUAGUCUCAAGUUAGAGAAAGAAAAUAUGUGUGGGUGCAGAUUGUGCCAGGGCAAAGCUGAGUGUCUGGCAGAUAGGGACAAAUCUGGAGCUGGUACCAAAGGCAGACGAAGUUUGGAUAUCUAAAGAUUGGACUCAGGGCCACCAGCCACUGACAAGGGUUAUUUAUGGGGGAACAUGAUGUUGGGAAAAGAGAAGGUAGGAGAGUUUGCCAACAAGAUUUGAGUCUUAGUCCUCAGGAUGUGCUCAUUUAGCAUGAGACUUAUGGGUUGUGGAGUGGGGUUUUGCUCAGUAAAAGCCAUGCACUGAUGGAACAGUGUGGCAUUCACAAGUUGCCCUUGCUGAGACAAACUUUAUUUAUCUGAGGGUCCUAUUUAUACUCUUAGCCAUUCCCCAGGGUCUGCCCGCAAAACCCUCCCAGGUUCCUCCUACCAAGGUCCAGUAUUUUUCCUUUUUUUUUCCAGCAAUUUCCCACCCUUCCUUCAAGGUAACUUCAUUAGCACAUUCCUUUCUAAUCACCCACAUUAACUUUGCCACCUCCCACAGAACAGGAGCUUCCAGCACUCUGGGGAUUUACCAAGGGCACUUCAAUCUCCAGGGACUCAUCCCACCUGGUGACAAGAUCCCAUGGUGAUGCUCUGGCCUUCAGGAAAUUCACCCAGCUCUGAGCUGGGCAGGAAAAGCCCUACUGGAAGUGUGGUAGAAACCUGGGCAUGGAGCAGGAGUUCCAUGGCUUCAUGGUGUUGUCCUGUGAGAUGCCACCUCUGUCCUUAGAACUUUGCAAGAUCAGGCUAGGUCAACCCAUAGCUGACCCUGCUUGGAGCAGGGAUAGGAAAAGGGGCAAAGGUAUUGCCUAGAGACCUAUAGCAAGAGACUAGGGCCUCUUCUCUGGCCAUGAAGCCAAGUGGCAAGGUACAGCUCAACCCCUAAGGCCAUACAACCUAUGAUGGGGCCAUCCCCUUGAGAGGGCUGUCUGGCCUAGACCCAGACAUCCAGGACACAGACACACAGUCUGAGCAAUUGGGGGACAGCUUGAACCUCUACAUUUUUAAAUACAGGCACCCAAAGCUCUCUUUAGCCCCUACACCCUGGUGUUUCAGUCUCUUGAGUGGCCACCCAUUGAACAUGGCUCCUUGGAAGGGGUAGAGCCAUGCCCAGGUCUCAUGUAGUGGUGGACUUUGGUAGGAAGAUGUUUAAAUAGCUCCUGAUCUUGGACUAGGAGGUGAAUAAGAGGAUGGUUUUCUCAAGUCAUUCUUGCUAUGAGUCGAUGUGUUCCCACCUGGUGAUGUUGCUAUUCCAUGUAAAACUGGCACUCAGCCACACUGUGUGUCCCAUUUGAGGGAUGUGAGUGGAUGAAAUGGGUGCAGUGGAGCUGUGCCUGUGAAGAAAUCCUACUUGUAAUGGGAAGGGUGAAGAGCCCAACCCCAGCCAGAGGACACACAUGGCCACCAAAGAGCCAUCAAGAAAAUCAGAGGGAUCAAUGCAGCAAAAAAUCACCAAGACCAAUAAACCAUCUUAGGGCCCCUGGGAGGUCCAUGUAAUUCUUUCUCCAGAAAGCACCAACCUGCCCACGUGUGGAUGGUGAUCUUGCCAAUGUUUAUGAGGCUCUUGCAGGUAGACAUGUGCACCCCUUGGUCAGGAUUUCUCCUUGGUUUGGAGCAGUUCAUCACUCCACCAGCUUGUCCUUGAUGGCUCAUCCUUGGAGUCACAAUUUUAUCUCUUUGUUUGGAACUCUUCAGGUUGUACUGUUAAUUAGGUUGUUACUUGAGUGGAUGUUCUUGAGAGAAGUUGAUAUGUAGCAAGGUGUCACCUAACAGCUCUCCCACUGCUCCCAUGGUCAGCCAGUCCUGGCACAUGACAUCCACAUUUUAACACCAGCCAGCAACAUCUUCCAUAGAAGUUGGGCCACCUGGUUCCAUCUCUUGAGCUAAAAGAGCUUCUCAAUGGGCUUGCUUCCAACCAACAGGCUCUUAAUUUGCCCGUUGCUAACAUAAAAUGGGUUCAUUUGUGGGCUGGUGGGUUGACUGUAUAGGAUAGGAUUGCCCCAAGACCAGGAGAUAAGAAACCAUCAUUUUUAUUGUCGUUCUUUGGGUGACACCACACUUUAUCUUCAGGGGUUCAUUUGAACUCUGGAUCCUGCUUUUUCUCCAGCUUGUAAACUGAGGGGGUUUUUGUCUUUAUUUUCCCACCUCACAGGUGCAUCCUGAGGUGUAAUUAAUUGAUACCUAAUAAUGCAAAGAGCUGUUUUUACCCCUUUUCCAUGCCCAGCAUCACACACAACACUGCACAUCCCACUCUGCUAAACUCAUUAAAAACCCCUCACCCUUCUUGACCAAGAUGGAAAAAAAACUUGGCAGGACCUUUUCCUGAGCAAGGUGGGUGGGGAAAAAAAACAUUUGCACAGUUUGAGCAUUCUGCUGCCACAUCAACCCUGAAAUUGCCACUUCUUGCUUGAGAGCCCUUUGGAUGUGGUGGCUGAAGCAAGUCAUGGAGAGGGGAGGGGAGCAGGACCCUGGGCUCCACUGGGAGCCAACCAGGGAAUCCCAUAGGGUUAGGACCAAACCUUUAGAGUAGUUAUGUCCCACUCAUCCCAGCCUUUGGCAAAGUCAAAGGGUCCCCAGUGACUCUGGGAACUGGUGGAUGGGGACAACAGGGGCAGUUUUUUCCUUUCAUUUCUUAACCUGCUGUGAGGUUGAAGCCGUGGCGUCGGCAGCCAAUUUGAGGGGAAGUUUUGUGUGUUCCAGAGCCUAUGACUGUUCUUAAAAGAGGAGUUUUUUUAAUUUUUUUUUUUGUUUUCCAUUUGUAGAAGGAAGGACGAGUAAUCUGUGGCAAACUGUACAGUAUGUGUCUUCUUGUGGUGUUACUGUUUGAAUGGUUAUUAAGUUUUCAAAUCACUGUGGACAGCUAAUCACUUAAGUUAUUAAUUUAUUCUUUGGGGUUUUGUUAUUUGUUUGUUUUUUUUUUUCUAAGUAAUUUGAAACAAUUAUUUAUCCUGUAAAUCGGUCUUGAGUGAAGUUUAGGUAAUACCUUUUUUGCUGUUAAUAAACAUGGUACAUGCCUGACGUGAAGGUGAUCUCAUUUUUAA